AUGGCGGCGCUGGAGGGAGCGUCGCCGGUCGACGACGACGCUGGCGCCGGCGGCGAGGCCGCGGCGCCUGCGGAGGCGGCGGCGCCCGCAGCGGCGGCGGCGCCGUCGAAGCAGGCGGAGGCGGCGGCGGCGGCGCCCGCCGCGGCCGUGGGCGUGGAGGUGGCUGGCUACGCAGGCUCGUUGCUGGAGGCCAUCGCCGACGGCGCGGUGGAGAGGGCGCCGCUGCCCACCUUCGGCGACUGGGUGAAGUGGCGCGCGGCCGCGGGCCGGCGGCUUCGCACGGCGCCCGCGAUCGCCGCGAGCGAGAGCGCGCUCUGGCGGAGCACGGUGGAGGCGCUGCACGGCCAGGACUGGCAGGAGCAGCAGCGCGCGCUGACGACCGCCCAGUUCGCCGGGGCGGCUUCGGCGCCGCCGGAGGUCGCGACCCCGGCGGCGGCGCCCGCGGCGGGCGGCAGCCCCUCGACGGCCAUCCUGCGGCUGCUCGACUCGCCGCUGGGGCGCGCCAGGCUCCGACGCCGCGGGCGCGCUGUCGGACGGCAGCUGGGGGCCACUGACCGACGUGGAGGUGCUGGAGCGGCUGCUCAAGGACAUCGAGGUCUCCGAGACGAGACGAUGCGGGACUACGAGCGGCGGCUGCUGCGGGCCUGCGCGGUCCUGACGCUGCGGCGGCAGGUGGUGCCCGACGGCGCCGUGGAGUUCGGCAUGCGGAAGGCGCGCUUCCUGGCGGAGGCGCGGGUCCACCCCGUGGGCGUCGCUGCGGCGCUGGAGGCGCGGUUCCGCUCGGUGCUGGACGUGGAGACGGAGGAGGCCGACGAGGACGCGCGGGCGCUCAUGGAGCUUCUCACGGCGGCGCGCGGGGGCGGCUCUCGCGACGCGGUGGCCGGCGGCCCGCGCGCGAGGCCAGCGGCGGCGGCGGCCCCGCCGGCGAGCGCCCCAGGCGGCGCGGCCGCGGGUGCGGGGCCCCCCUUCCCCUCGCCCCCCGAGGGCCCGCCGCCCGGCUUUCAGCUGGCCUCAGUUGCUGCGGCCGCCGCGUCCAGCGACGCGAGCCUGGCCGCGGCCCCCCGCGGGCUGGCGGGGGCCAUCGGGCACCGCUACGACAAGAAGGCCUCCACCAUCCAGGUGAAGCCGCAGCGCAACCUGCCGACGUUGGGCGACGGCGACUUCGACGUGGACUCGUUCGUAGAGGAGUUCGAGGAGAUGGUUGGCCUCGCGAACGACGGCGCUGGCAUGACGUCAACGGAGAUGGUGCGAGCGCUCGGCGCCUGCUUGAGGGGCUCGCGGCAGCGCGCCUACAAGGUCGAGCUGAAGCAGGGCCUGAAGGAGCGGCUCAUGGAGUUCAAGGAGGGCCUGCUGGAGAAGCAGCACAAGUUGAACGCCGAGUGGCGGACGCUCUCGCGUGGGAAGAUGAGCGCGCUCGAGUUUCAAGCGACCUUCGAGAACAUCGUGGCGGAGAUGGAGCUCGCUGGCGCGGGGAAAUCGGGCCGCGACCUGCUGCUCAACAAUCUCGCGCUCGUUCCGCCUGUUCAUCGCGCCGAAGUGCUGAAGAACCGACGUCUCUACCAGCGGCCUGGCGGGCAUCCAGAGGUUAGCGGGGUCGAGACGUGGCGCGAAGCUCAUCGAGUCCUUCUGAGGUCGAAGGAAGCCGAGAGCUUGGCCAAGGUGCGGAAGGCGAAGGGGAACUCGGGCAAGCCGGAGGGCAUGGGCGCUGGCGGCAAGAAGGGCGCUGGCGGGCGCGGCUCGGACGACGGCGGCAAGGGCGGUCAGAAGCCGCAGCUGCGCCUCCAGUUCCCGCGUGGGGGCUGCAGCAAGAGCGAGAAAGAUUGCAAGUUUACCCAUUCAGGCCAGGCGGCCCAGAAGGUGAUCGCGGCCGUCUACGCCGGCGCCGCGGCGAACAGCUCGCGACCCCCAGGCCCUGGCGGCCCGGGCGCGGCGAGCAGCGGCCAGGGCGCGGCGCCCGCUGCUAGCGAGGGGGCUCGAGGCGCGGCGCCGAAGGCCCAGACCUCGCUGGCCGGCAAGCUCGCGCGGGCGCGCCCGCGCGGGGGCGUUGUCGGCGCGAGUUGCGACCUGCCCAGCGCGAGCGCGAUCCCGGAGUCUUCGAUGCCAGCAGGCGCGUUGAAAGACUUGGACCAGAUCCCGGCUUGCGCGUGGACUCAGGUUCAGGAGCCUGACGACGGCUACCACUACUUGUGCCACAGCUACGCGUCCUCCGUGGCUGAUCAGGGCGACCUCAAGAUCCGCGGGAUGGUGGACCUGCGGCUGGUCUUCGCGGGGUUGGACGGCGCCCGCGUGGUUCGGGCGUUUCGGCUUCGACUGCUGCGCGGAGGCUGGGACAGGCCGCUGGUCACCAUCCUUGGCGCGCCUGCCUUGGGCGCGCCACCCUUGGGCAUCGGUCGUCGGCCGACGCCGCGGGGCCAUUUCUUGCCAGGCCUGGACAUCGCGGCGAAGCGCGUCGAGGCCGACGCCGUGCAGGCCGAGCUCCUCGCCGUCGCGGCUGUCUUCGGCCUUCGGUUACGACCGGCCCGUGUCCAGCGCCGCGGGGGCCCUGGCGUGGCCUGGCGCUUCCUGCCCAAGCUGCCCCAUCUGCUUGAUUGGCGGCGAAUGCCCAGCAGAGUUCGGCGGCGACGAGACGGGCGUGAUCGCGCUGGGCGACGCCGAGACCAGCUUCCCACUCUACUUAGCGGCGAGGGCUGCGCGCGGCUGGAGCUCGGCGGCUGCGCUCCGGUGCCGGCCCGCCCGGCUGGCGGGGCGGCCGGCGCCGUCGGCGACGCGGCGGCGAACGGCGCCGCAGCGGCGCGGGCCGCGCCGGGGCCCUGGAGUGGGCAGGGGCAGCUGAUCCUGGCGGGCAACUGGGACCAGCCUGGCGUCAGCAUCGAGGUCGGCGAAAACAUCGGAGCAGUACUUCGCGCCGACGGGCCGCCAACUGACCACGGGCCCUCGGUGGCUUACGCGUGGCGGGGCUGGGGCGAGCUGCGGGGCGUCGUCGAGCUGGAGGUGCCCGCCGACGAGUACUACGCGGAGCGCUUGGUCUAUUGGCAACGCAAAUGUCUUAAGGCUGCGGCCGCGUUCUUGGAGCACCUGCUGGCGAUCGAGGGGCUGCUGGACGUCUGCACCGCGGCUGGGUACUCGAGGGGCGCCGAGAAGUCCCUCGACAGGCUCGCGCAACUUGAUGCGCUCGGCGAGAUAGCGGGCCGCGAAGGCAGCGUGGCGUGCGAGCGACACUUGGAGAUGAUCAAGAACUGGUCGGUGCUGGAGGAUGUGGCAGCGCUGCGGCGCUUCCUCGGCGCCUUCAACUGGAUCCACAACCACUUCCCCAAGGAGGUUCAGAAGCCGCUGGGCACCCUGACGCAGCAGCUGAAGAAAGACGCCGAGUGGCCGAUGACCCAGGAGAAGGUUGCCGCCCAGCGCGCCAUCCAGCGGCUGGCUUGCGAGGCCAUCCGCCUCGCGGUGGUGGCGGACUUCUGUCCGUAUGGGUGGGGCGGCCGCGUCUACCGGCUGGCCGCCGAUCGUCGCGCCCUCCGCGCCCUGGCGAUGCACGGCGGCUGCCGCAGCUUGGCCCAGAGCAUCUGGCAUCCUAGGCGCAGCGAGCUGCGCGCGCAGCGCGAGACCAGGCGGGCGGCACGCAAGGACUUCGGGCGGCUGCCUGCCCUGUGCUGGACCGACCACGCCGCGGCGGUGAAGGGCGCGACGGGCGAGGCCGAGACAGAUUCCACCGUGGCCCGCUGGGUCGGCGAGAUCGAGAGCGACGGCAGCAGGCCGAUGAACCUCUCCGGUCGUAGCGCGGCUCUUGGCGACGGCCCCUUCCGCGAGUGCGAGGCCCGCGGCGAGUUCCUGCGCGAGCAGGCGCGCUCUUUGGCGAACAUCACGAUCGAGGGCGACGCUCUCGCGCUGCGCCUGCCGGACUACGGGUGCGAGAGGCGGCGGGGCGCGGAGCAGGCGCGGGCGGCGCGGCAGCUGCAGCUCGCGGCGCCUAGCAUGCGCCUUCGCUCGGCCCCUCGCGACCCUCCGCUGGCGGAUGGCGCCGGCGGCUCGCGCUACAUCGCGCCGCCCCGCUUCCCAGGCGAUCAGAGCAGCAAGGCGCGCAAGCAGCUCCGCAACGACGUGCUGACGGCGGUGGCGGCGAUGCUGCGAGAGCGCUCGGCUCGGUGGCCUAAGGUCGUCACCAGCAUGGGCCACGGGGCGCCGGUGGCCGCGGCCGCUGCCCACCCCCGCCUGGCGGGGGCGGCUCUCGUGCUGCGGUAUGCGCCAGAGGCGGAGGGCAUGCUGAUCGCUGAGGCGUGGCUUAAUGUCAGGGCGUUCGUUGCGAUCGGGCCGCGCGCCCACAUUCCCAGCAAGAUCGGCGUCGUGCAGGAGGCUUUCCCCGAAUUCGGAGCGCCCGCUUUCGGCGUCGAGCGCCCCGCCCCGCUGUUCCUGGUGGAGGGCGCCAGGGCUCGCCGCAGCUUCGGGCGCGACUUCGGCGAGGCGCUGGGCGUGACCAUGGCUGCCACGUCGGGCGAGGUCCUCAUCGAGGAGGUGGUCUCGGGGCCUACGCGGCAGCUGGAGUUCAGCGGUGGGCGCUGCGCCUGCGGCCGGGGCUCGCUGGCCCUGGCGCGCUGCGGACAGUGCAUUCGCGCGGAUCGCGAUCUGGAGGGCGAGGCCAGGCUGGCGGAGUGCCCGGAGGAGUCUCUGGGCGAGGCUGGCGCGGGCGAGGUCGCCGCAGUGCCGGCUCGCGCGGUGGCGGCGACGGCGGCGGUGGCGCCGGGCCCGUGCGUCGCCGUCUCGCCGGAGCUCGUGCAGGAGCUACUGGAGUUCGGCGGCGGGCGCUCGGACUUCGCGUGCAGCAACGUCAGGCCGCCCGCGGGUUGCCAUGUCGUGACCGGCGAGAAGGCGGCGCUGGCUCAGCCGCGCGUGGAGACGGACUUGGAGCUCGUCACCGAGGUCGACCUGCAGGAGCUGAAUCUCCCCGCGGGCGCAGAGCUGAUCCAACUCUUCGCCGGCGCCCGGCUGCUCUGGGACAGCGGCGCGCAGCAUCCUGCCUUAGGCAGCCUUUGGGACUUCUUCCUGGUCGAAAACGGGAACAAGGCGAUCGACGCCGCGGCGGCAGCAGGCAUAACUUACGCAGAGGACGUGAAGUCGAAGGGCAGCAAGGAGAUGGGGUCCCCACAUCUACACGUGGCCGCGGACUUUUUUCAGGAGAUAGCCAAGAGCGCGGACAUCGAGGGCGAGACAGCGACGGUCUUGACACAGUUCUCGAUGCUGAUCGAGAUAAUGCAGAAGGAGGAGCUCGCGGACAUCAUUUCCUACUUUCGGGUGAAGAAGGCGUACGCGGACCCAGGGCAGACGCAGAAGUGGAAGCUUCACAUGAUGUUCAACGCCUUGGCAGCGACUCCGUGGACGGAACACAACGAGGGCCAGGUGAAUGCAAUUCGCGCGGGCAACGAGCUGCCGCAAGUGAAGCUGGGGAACUACACGGUUCAAGACCUACGGCUGGCGACGUGCAGGGGGCUACGGGCACUCAAGGCGAAUCAG